CUUCUUCAUUGUGUCUAUAUAUAUAAACCCCAGAACCAUUUCUUCCUCCUCCACCUGUUUAUUUUAGGGUUUUAUUCUCUCGUUGGCCGCAGACUCAGCUCAGACCUUUCGCCAUGGGGAGGAGACCUGCUAGGUGUUAUCGCCAGAUCAAGAAUAAGCCAUACCCGAAAUCACGGUAUUGCCGUGGUGUACCGGACCCCAAGAUCAGGAUUUACGAUGUAGGAAUGAAAAAGAAAGGAGUGGAUGAGUUCCCCUUCUGUGUUCAUUUGGUGUCUUGGGAAAAAGAGAAUGUUUCAAGUGAAGCUCUUGAGGCUGCACGUAUUGCAUGCAACAAAUAUAUGGCCAAAUUUGCUGGGAAAGAUGCAUUCCAUUUGCGAGUCAGGGUGCAUCCUUUCCAUGUCCUGCGCAUCAAUAAGAUGCUUUCAUGUGCAGGAGCAGAUAGGCUUCAGACUGGUAUGAGGGGUGCUUUUGGGAAACCACAAGGCGUUUGUGCGAGGGUGAGCAUUGGUCAGGUUCUUCUGUCUGUUCGUUGCAAGGACAGCAACAGCCCUCAUGCACAGGAGGCUCUACGACGUGCAAAAUUCAAGUUCCCUGGUCGUCAGAAGAUUAUUGUCAGCAGGAAAUGGGGUUUCACUAAGUUCAGCCGUACCGAGUAUCUGAAGUUGAAACAAGAGAACCGUAUUAUGCCUGAUGGUGUCAAUGCCAAGUAUCUUGGAUGCCAUGGACCUUUGGCAAAUCGUAAACCAGGAAAGGCAUUCGCACCCGAGGCUGCUACUGCUACUGCUUAGGAUAUACUGUUGCCUAAGAAGUGAAAAGCAUUACUGUUUAAGUUUUGAUCGGUGUUAUAGAAAGUAUCUGAAGUACCUCUUUUGUUUUUGUGAUGGAUUGUGUAUUAGGUAUCUUUGGAGGUGUUUGUUUUGUGGAUUUACAAAGUUUGUUUAACGUUUGGAAUAAUUCAUUUUCGUAAAUUUCUUUAGCCUAUGUGUUCUUGGCAUUAUUUAGCUUCUUA